AUGCGCGCCACGCUCGCCCUCCUCCGGCUGCUGCUCUGGAGCUUAGUGUGCCAGCAUGCCGCUGGAUCAGGGCUAAAUGUGACGGAACAAGAGCAAAACAUGCCCAUCUUGAGGACGCUUAAUACACCUGCAACUGGGGUGUUUUCCUCGGGAGUUGACUACGAAGAGACUGAAGAGGAAGAGGUGGCGAUGGCACCUCAAUUCCUUGUAGGUGAUUCAGCUACAGUUCCAUUUGAACUUAAAAAGCCAGCAAAAUCAGAGAGCGGGAAAAAGAACUCAAACAAACCAAAAAGAAAGGGAAACAACAAGGGGAAGAAAAACAAGAAGAAAACUCCAUGUGAAGCAGAGUUUAAAAACUUCUGUGUACAUGGGGACUGCAAAUAUUAUGAACAUCUUCGAAAAGCCACGUGCAAGUGCCACUCGGAUUACUUUGGCGAACGUUGCGUCGAGCAGUUUUUGAAGACACACAGUACCGAUGGCAACGAAAGUUUCACAUCCACAAUACUUGCGUCGACGGCUGGUUUGCUCACCUUUGCUGCCAUUGUGAUCGUUGUAACAUUGCUGGUAAGGAAAAAGUGUUCUGUGUGCGAUGAAAAGGAAGAAAGGAGAAGGCUCCGGCAAGAAAACGGAAGUUCCAGCAAUGAUGUUUAAAGGGAACUGAAGGAGAUGCAGCUGGAAAGGCUGUCGCUGAAGCACACGCCCUUCCGUGGAGGCACGUCGGAGAAGGUCAAACUCAGAACCUCAGAGGAGCACGUUGAGAGCCUGAGACCUUGUCUGCCCAACAUGGAAGAUGCCGCAAGGAGGGCUUUUGCACGCCCUUGGCCUCUCUGCAGCUGCCAGAGGAUGUCAAACAGGCCGCCACGCUUGCAGGAGUCAACAUCUGCCGUUUCCACAGCCGCUGGAGAGCUGCCCCACCCUGUUCAGUACCGGAAGACGACCCAAAGACCGUGUGUGCGUUAAUCUGUCACCAGAGAACUCUCGGCAGGUAGUUUACAGAGACGUCUGUGUGCAAGGGGGAGAAUUUAGGGAGGUGUUCAUGCCUGCAUAGAGAGAUGGGUUUCUUCUUUUUCUUCUUCUUCUUCUUCUUCUUCUUUGUGUUGUUACUGACUUCCACACACACACACCCCUCGAGGUGAAAGGAGGGGAAACAGAGCAGGCUUUGAAAUAAGUCUCAGGUUGCUUAAAGAGCUCUGUGACUCCCAGCCUGGGAUAAACUGCACAGGGUGUGCCUCUCUUCUCAUACACCUCCACCUGUUGUCAUCUUGAGAGCUCCUGCUUGCUGCCUGAAAAGGUGGCAGACCAGAAAUGUCACUGCUUUCUACUUUCUGUUCUGGAUGUCUCGCCGUGGAGGUGCACGAGCUGUUUCCAAGUUUGCUUCUUUCUUUCUUUCUUUCUUUCUUUCUUUCUUUCUUUCUUUCUUUCUUUCUUUCUUUCUUAAACUCUCACCUAAGAGUUGCUUGUUGCUGCUGUCUCAGAGUUUGUCUAAUCCCAGCAGUGGCAUAGCAUGGGGCUCAAAAUUCUUUGGGGCACAAAAUUUCAAAAGGGGGGGGGGAAUGAAGUAGUCAUCAUAAAUGAAAAAUAGGAUGCCCUCCCCCUCACACAGAAGAUCUCCCAAUGUUUGUGUGGGCAGACUGAAGGGUGGAUUUGGGCGACGGCCAAUCGCUAGGGUGCCCUCUGCACGGGCUUUAGAAAGAGGCCCAUUCCUAACCAACCCCCUGCCCCACCCUCUGCCAUGCUCGACACUCUCAGGGCACCACUGCUGCCACUUGGGUAAGUUGCCGAACUAUUGCCCCUUCAUUCCAGCCUAUUGGUGGGUGGUGCUGGGGAAACUUGCUUUGCCCUGGACUCUGGCAACACAUGCUAUGCCACUAAAUCCCAGUCAGCUGUAGUGUGCCUAAGCUAGAGUAUCGCUGAACCGUCCCUUUAGCGUUCAGAAGCCCAGGGCUGCUGUUUUCGCAACCUGUGCUGUGUAACAAUCGAGACGGCUGGGAUGUGGAAAUAGCACUAAAGGCCACCUAUUGCAGUUCUCCUCAAAGCACAGAUUGUUCUGGAUUUAAGUAGGUUGGGAAGUGAAUUCUAAAUCAGCAGUCUGGUGGUUCCCGUAAUCCUUGGAGAGCUUGCCAUAAGAGAGGUCAUAAAAUGAGUCUGUUUUGCCAGUCCUGUUGCCUUGCUGCUUCUCCCUUGAAGUCUGGAUCAGGUCUGGGGGUUCUGUGGCUCUCCCAAUGUUUCUGGAGCUCUUCAUCAGGGGCAGCCAACUUGGCCCAAGGUCAGGAAUGAUGCAAGUUAUGUUCCAUCAACAUCUGGAGGAAAACAGGUUCCGCCCCCCGCUGCCCUAGAUCCUUCUCCCACCUCAAGUUAAGAAUAAAUACUUGUGCCAAUGCAGUAACAGCGGCCCCUUCUCAGUACCCUUUGGAAUACGGGGGCAAAUGCAUGCUAGAAUAUACCCAUUUAUGGCAAAGGUGAAUGAUGAGCAAUCAUAUAAGGCAACUUAUAAUAUUUUGAUGCAACAGUUAUGGGGGAAAUGGAUUGCUUUGGCACACAGACUUAUCGACGCUCACCACCUUCAGUGGAGUUCUUUGUUUUGUUUUUAGAAAUGUCAAUCUUCCUGCAUUGAACAGUGGCAUGGCAUAUCUUAAGCAGUCUAAUUGUGUGUAAACUUGCAACCACCUGCUAUUACUUUAUGCUUCCUGCAAAGCUGCAUCUUAAUUAACUCAAGCUACAGUCCUAUAUAUUAUUUCCUGUAAGCCCCACUGAACAUUCUGGGAUUUGCUUCUGCAAGGGACUGUACCCUUAAGUUACACUGGGUUGUGUGUAUAAGGUUGUUGUGACCGAAAAGGAAAACCUGAGCGACACAGUUUGAUUUUACAUUAGUGUAAAUAUGUAUACGUGGAGAAGUUUUGUUUUUUAAUAUUGUAAAUAAUGUGUUCCUGUAUUUAAUAUGUUCGCACAACUUGA